ACGAUUAUAGUCAUUGUUGGUGAGUUUGAGAAGGAAUGUUUUUGCGUGGCGGAAACGGAUGUUGAUGUCAGGGGAGGGGUCAGGCCGCUGUAGAGAUUGCAUUCGGUUGUGUUUGUUGAGGGCGAAGAAGUCAUAGUGGUGGGGUGAGAAGGCAGCGUGGUCAGUCGUGACGAAGUCUUCCCACAGUAUCUGUGUGAUGAUAUGUUCAAUGUUGUCUUUGGUUAGCAAUCGCAGUCAUUCAUCCCAUCUGACGUACGGGGUAGGGGCGUCGGCGAGCGAAGAAGUAGAAGUAGCAGGAUGGACAAUUGUGGAAAUGGUGAGAGGAGCGGAUUGUGGAUGUGUUGAAGAUAGGCUGCGACAGGAGGAGGAAGGAGAUGGGAGCGGGAUGUGGGCGAGAACGUCGUUGUCAAAAGGAAUUUGGGAUAAAGUCGACACAGCGAGAAGAAUUGCAGUCGCCGUUGCAGCCAUUGUGGUAGAAUCGAGAGAUGAAGUCGCAACCAUCGUGGUAGAUUUGAGAGAUGAAGUAGUCGAUGCAGCGAGAAGAGGUGUACUCGUUGUUGCAGGCAGCGUUGCAGAUUCGAGAGAUGGAAUCGUUGAUGUGGUGGGAAGAGUCGAUGUAGAGGGACUUGGCUUUGUAGUUGUAGUUGCAGUCGCAGUCGUUGAUGUUGAGGCACUCAUCAUUGUCGUCGUCGAUGUAGUGAGAAGAGUUGCACUCGUUGUUGCAGGCAGUGUUGCAGAUUCAAGAGAUAAAAUCGUCGACGUGGCGGCAAGCGAUGAUGUUGAGGCACUUGUCUUUGUAGUCGAUGUUGCAGUCGUAGUCGCCGAUGGUAAGGCACUUGUCUUCGAAGUUGUAGCAAAAGAGGUUGCGACGAGAGUUGACAUCGUCGCGAUUGUUGUGUUUGUAGUCGUUGUUGCAAGCAUUGGUGUUGAUCUCGAAGACGAACUUGUUGAGGACGACAGUUUGGACGAUGCUUUCGGUUUCUUGUCCGGCGGCUUGUCUUCAUGGGCACCUGCAAGGCAGGAGCAAAUGGAAAGCGAGGAGAGCAGGGGGAAGGCAAGGAGUAGAGAAAAAACAGAAGCGGGGCAAACCGGUUAAAGACGGUGUCGAGAUUGCGCAUUUCUGUCAUUUGUUGCCAAUGGUUUUCGAAGAACUCAUUAGGGUCAGCAAGAGCAUAGUGGAGAACGAUGUGAACAAAGAGGUCUCGAACCA